GAACAAGUGACUUAACCUCUCUGUGCCUUUGCGGGCCACGUGCAGAACGUAAUACAGGACUUCCCUCAGCGGCUCCUCGCAAGAACCCAGCAAGUCCAUUCGGUGCCUUGAAAACACGCGUGUUGGGGAAGCCGGGUCAUAUGUCCUGUGGACCGUCCCACGUUCCGGACUUGGCUCAAUGCACCCUCGCGGUGUCCAUUCACUGGCGACUUUAUCCUCCUGUUUUUCUGAAAACCGGUGAUCACACCGAGAGGCUUGAUCCAACUCAUAUUUUUUUAAAGGGAAGGAGCCGAGGGUGAGAUCCAUGGAUGGUGGGGCCUCCGGUCCACUCACUCAGGACCCCGGAGGAGCUGUUGCCUUUCAGUGUUAGGACUGUUGGCGGCUCCUCCCUCUCCUGGAAAAUUCCUCCUCGGAUCUUGCACUUGAUUUUGGCGGCCGCAGACAAGCAUAGCCUGGCCCUGUGAUCUGUGUGACCUUGAGCGAGUUACUUCGCGUCUCGGGGCCUUGGAAUCUCCGCCUGCACCACAGGGCCGCUGAGCGCACGGAACUCACCCGGUGGCGAAGACAGAAGGAGGUUAGCAGACCGCGUAAAUGCUGCGGUUGGGGCCCGAAUAAAGAAACCCGGGAGGACCCUGGCAGGGCUGAGUCCGGACGAGCCAGGCCGGGCUGGACUCAGCCGGCCUCCUCCCCAGGGGCCUCCCGGGCCAGCGUCCCGGCAGUCACGUGGGGUGGGAGGUGGGGCGCCGGGCACACCUGGCUCCCUAAACCCCGCCACCCCCCCCCACCCCCCACCCCCCUACGGCUCGGGGAGGCCAGGUAGAGCCUGGGCGGGGUUUUCCGGACCCGGGUGCUGGGAGGUUCAGACUUCUGAGUGAAGGGUCGAUCUCCGACGAGGGAGCACCCCGAUCUGCUCGCCGAGCAGCCCCGUCGUCGGCCCCCGGAUUCCUGCGGCCGGAACCAGCCAUGUUCAGCGUCCAGGCGCCCUUCUUCUUCUCCAUGGGCCAUAUCCUCCUCUUCGUCUUCACGGCCUCGACCAUAUUUCACCUGCAGCAGCGGCUCGCGAAGAUUCGCCCCAGCUGGCAGUUUGAGACGCUGGUGUGGGCGCCCGCGGAAAACUCGACGACGCCCCGGCCCCGGGGCGGCAUGUUCACCAUCAACGCCCAAGGGCGCCUGGGGAACCAGAUGGGGGAGUACGCCACCCUGUACGCCCUGGCCAAGAUGAACGGGCGGCCCGCCUUCAUCCCGGCCGAGAUGCACCGCGCGCUGGCGCCCAUCUUCCGGAUCAGCCUCCCCGUCCUGCACCACACCGCGGCCGGCAGGAUCCCCUGGCGGAACUACCCCCUGAACGACUGGAUGGAGGACCGCUACCGCCACAUCGCGGGCGAGUACGUGCGCCUCACCGGCUACCCCUGCUCCUGGACCUUCUACCACCACGUGCGCGACGAGAUCCGGCGCGAGUUCACCCUGCACGACCACGUGCGGGAGGAGGCCCAGGCGUUUCUGCGGCGGCUGCGGGUGGGCGGGCGGCGGCCGGGCACCUUCGUGGGCGUCCACGUGCGCCGCGGCGACUACGUGCACGUCAUGCCCCGCGUGUGGAAGGGCGUGGUCGCCGACCGCGGGUACCUGGAGCGGGCCCUGGGCUGGUUCCGGGCCCGCCACCGCGCCCCGGUCUUCGUGGUCGCCAGCAACGGCAUGGCCUGGUGCCGCGAGAACAUCGACGCCUCCCGCGGCGACGUCGUGUUCGCCGGCGACGGCGUGGAGACCUCGCCGGCCAAGGACUUCGCGCUGCUCACGCAGUGCAACCACACGGUCAUGACCAUCGGCACGUUCGGGAUCUGGGCCGCCUACCUGGCGGGCGGGGACACCAUCUACCUGGCCAAUUACACCCUCCCGGACUCCCCGUUCCUCAAACUUUUUAAGCCCGAGGCGGCCUUCCUGCCCGAGUGGAUUGGGAUCUCGGCAGACCUGUCCCCGCUGCUCCACCACUGAUGGUGGCCGGCCUUCGGCACCCCCCCCCUCCUUCGCUGGCUCCCCCGAGACCAGCUGCCCGAGGCCCCAGGGGCGUCUUGUUCCGUGGGCCAGGACCCUUCCCUCUCGCACCAGGACGCUCGAGAGGCCGCAAGAAACCCAAGUCGCCACCGACUUGAAAUAGCACGUUUCUGUGUCCCACGCAACAAGAGCGGUGGCCGCACAUCUCUGGGGUUCGUCGAGGCAGCGGCUCGGCGAUGUCACCGGGAACCCCAGUUCCGUCCAUCUUGUUCAACUGCCAUCAACUCCUCUCAGACCGCUCCCCACCCCCACCCCCCACCCUCAUGGUCCCAAAACGGCUGCCACAUAACCGGCUGUCACAUGCGGGCAACCUCUUCACGAGGCAGCCAAAAAGAGGUCCGUUCUUCGGUCCCUUUUGAAGAGUGAGGGACGCAUUCCAAAGCCCUCCUGCAACUGCCCCUCCCCCCCCCCCCCCCAUAGCUCACUGGCCGGAAGUGUAUCACAUGCCCGCCUGACCCAACACAAGGCCAGGCGAAUAAGACCCUGGGAUUGGCUUAGCUGCAAAUCAAUAAAUCUUUGCCCCCUUCAGCCGGGGUGUUGAUCAGCCUCCUCUGAAGGAUGUGGCGGCGGACAGGAGGAAAAACGGGGCGCUCUUACCGAGGAGGAAGGAAGCAAUGUACGUACGGAAAACAGGGAAGCCUUGAACUCGGUUGUCUGCUAGCUCCACAAAGCCGUCUGGCCAAGGAGGCAAGCGCGGCUCAAAUAGAGCGGACAACCACCUCUCCAA